AUGGUAUCACCCUACAGCGAGACCGCGGGGCCUGGGGUUUUGCCGGAAGUUGAUGCAUCUCGAUUAGAUGGCUCCAACACACUAGGCGACGCUGGAGCUCCUGAGCUUUUCCGUGGAUAUGACGGUUUGGAAGUGGUUAAUGGCGAUUUGCUUAACGAAAGCAGCAAGAUAAAGGCUGAGAACGAAGCUGCAGCAGCCAUUGGACACAAUACACCGCAGAAAAACGCGAGAAGAAGGCUUCUAUGGAUUGCGAUCGGGAUUGUGAUUUUGGUCGUCGUGAUAGUGGCAGCUGUGGUUGGCGGUGUUCUUGGGUCGCGACAUCAUCACAACUCCUCGGCGUCCUCAAAACCUUCAAGCACGCCUUCAUCACCCGCUUCUUCAACUCCCUCCUCCUCCUCGUCGCCCAGCGCCAUUUACUCCAAAUCAAGCUUAUCGGUAACCGGUUGGUGGGAAACUACGUCGAGCUACCACAUCCGCCUCGCCUACCAGGGAAAUGAUGGGCUCUUGCGCAUGAUAGGCUACAGCUCGGACGAGAAGAAUUGGUCAACGGUGUCAACAUAUCAUGCCGACCCGGCACCAAAGAUGGGCACUCCACUUGCCACUUGUUGUUACAAUUCCACGUUCUACAGUGGAGGUAAAGUGACCUCCGAUAAUAAUUAUACGCAAAUCGAUAUAUUCUACCAGGGAAAGCAAGACUAUAUUAACGAAUGGAUAAUCCGAGAGGAAAAGUACCCAGUGGUGACAACUACGGACACCAAAGGUACCAUCGACCCGAUGGCCUACAAAGCAGGCCCAAACACGAGGAUUGCAACCUAUUGGCCUAGCGUCAUCUUUCAGAACGAAGUGAAUCAAUUAGAAGAAGCCUAUUUUUCGACAAAGAGCGUCUGGAAUCAACAACUGUUGAACCUCUCAAGUACAAAUCACUCAGCACUGGUUGAAGUCCCCUAUUGGGGAGGGAGAACUGGCAGCGCAAAUUUCAUCUAUCAACGAGAUGACCAGAGGCUCUUUGCGGAAUGGCGGGUCAAUGCUAGUGUGGGAGCAGCUGCAGAUGCACCACCUGACAUUAUCCCUUCUCAAACAAGCAUCGGAGCCUUUGCCAUUCCCAAGAAUACGCAGCAAGAUAGCCUUAUGAAUACUUAUAUUUUAUGGCGAAACGAUACUGGAGCUAUCCAGAUGACCAAGAACGAUGACAACAACGGGUGGCAAACUUCAUCAACACCAGAUGCCCUCGGAAGUCCCGACGAAGGAACGGAUAUCGCAUGCCUUACUGCAACCAAUUAUGUUGUCACCCCUAUACAGUCCAAAUUCGAUAUGGCUCGCUGUUACUACCUGGUGAAGGGGAAAGUAAGAGAGAUCAAAUACGAUGGCUCGACUUGGUCUGUUGUUGGAAAUGUGCCACUGGAUUAA